GUUGCCAUUCUGUUCCUCCUCCAAAUCCCCUUCUGUAGAGCCCUUCUGGUCUUCUUGACACCAAAGAUCACAGUUUUUUUUUUAAAAAAAAAGGAGUAAAUAUUUCUUUUCCACUCAGAAGAAAGGGUAAGCUCAGCUAUGGCGGCUUCGUCUUCCUCAUGCUGCCCGCAACUGGUGAUGGGUCUUUCUCCAAACCACAGCAAACCCAUCUUCGGUCUGCCCGUUCUGCCCAGAAAAUCAGCUCACACUAUCGGAAUUACAAGACCCAGAACUUCUUUUUCUACCAUAGCGUUCUCUCAGGCUCCAAGAAUUUCCAAAUCUAUUUUGAUGAAACAAUUUGGAAAGGAUUGUUUUGCAAGCACUAGUUCAGGUAGCCAACAAACAUCUUCAGUUGGUGUAGGCCCUCAAUUUCCAGUUUCUUCGCCGUCAUCAAAUACUAUAGGGUCGCCUUUGUUUUGGAUGGGAAUUGGUGUUGCGCUUUCGGCACUAUUUUCAUGGGCAGCUAAGAGCCUAAAGAACUAUGCAAUGCAACAAGCUUUCAAGACAAUGAUGGGACAGAUGAACACACAAAAUGGUCAAUUUAGUACUUCCCCUUUUAUGCCCGGAUCACCUUUCCCUUUCCCGCCACCUACUUCAGGUUCAGGUGGUGCAUUUCCUUCACCCCCUAAUACAUUGAGCAAUGCGACAUCAUCACCACCUUCAUCUGCAUCUCAGCCGGUGACCAUGGAUGUAUCUGCCACCAAGUUGGAUGAUCCUCCUACCCCCGAUGUCAAAGAUGAAACAAGAGAUGCUGUGGAUGAUGAGCCCCAGAAAACCGCUUUUGUAGACGUGUCGCCUGAAGAGACGAUAAAGAAGAAUGCUUUUGAAAAUUAUAGGGACAUAUCCGUGACAAAACCAUCAAACCCUAGCCGAGAAUCUGAGAAUCAAAACGCGUCAUCUUCGAGAUUUGGGUCAUCUCAAAGUUCUUCAUCAGGUGGAAAAUCAAAUCCUCUGUUUACAGUGGAAGCAUUGGAGAAAAUGAUGGAGGACCCAAAUUUGCAGAAGAUGGUUUAUCCAUACCUUCCAGAAGAGAUGAGAAACCCUGACACCUUUAAAUGGAUGCUGCAAAACCCGUUGUACCGUCAACAAUUACAAGACAUGUUGAGUAACAUGAGCGGAAGCCCGGGAUGGGAUACCCAAAUGAUGGAUACAUUGAAAAACUUUGAUCUCAAUAGUCCAGAUGUCAAGCAGCAGUUUGAUGAAAUAGGGAUAACCCCGGAGGAAGUCAUUUCUAAGAUUAUGGCGAAUCCUGAUGUCGCAAUGGCAUUCCAAAAUCCAAGAAUCCAAGCAGCUAUUAUGGAUGUUUCUCAGAAUCCUUAUAAUAUAGGCAAAUAUCAAAGUGACAAGGAGGUUAUGGAUGUUUUCAACAAGAUAUCAGAGCUUUUUCCUGGCGUUAAACCUUAGCUUUUGAGGGGAUUGUCAUUAAUUUAUUUAUUUCAAGCUAAAGAUGGAAACACACAAGAAGCAUUUUUCACUUGUUUCUUGUUGCUACAAUUUUUUAUUUGCAAGAACAAGAUUCUGAGUCCUUCAUUUUUCAGUAUAAUGUUUUUUUAAUGCUUUGUGUUAGAUCUUAUUCUCACCUGAUCCAAACUCUAUUUUUGAUUAAUAUUAUUAUCCCACAACUAUUUUAUAAAAUGCAAUUUUUUGU